AUGAAGGUCACACAACUACUUUCCACUGUUCUUCUUGGGAGCUUCAGCCCGGUCUCCGCGCUAGUGCUACCACGCGAUGACGCCUCCACCAUCGCCAACUUCGGCAGAAUCGGGAUCUGCCUCUCCUACUUCGGGGCCGGCGACACCCAGAAGGAGCUCGCGCCAUGUUCCAUCUUCUGCCCGGCACAGAAUCCCGGCUCGGACCCUAAUGCCGUCGGGUGCAAAGGCCCCGGCAUCGCGCGCGACCAAAUCGACCCGAGCAUCGUCGACGUCGACGACGACGGCAACGAAUGGACGCCCGGGAAAUGCAUCUGCGACCUCUCCGCCGCCAACGCCUUCCUCGACGUCAUCAUCGCCGGCCUCGCCCAGCUCGACAACGUGCUCUGCGCCGUGAUCGUCAGCGCCGUCACGACCCUCGUCGAGGAAGGCAUCGACGCCCUCCCGGGGGGCGCGGAGGCCACCGCGGCGGGCAAGGCCGUCGAGGGCGCCAAGACGUUCAUCGAGAACGGGCUCAACGCGGCCUCCUUCUUCGGCAACUGGAUCGGCCAGAGCUGCGGGGUCCCGAGCUUUGACUUCGAUCUGGAUCAGGUGUUCCAGCAGCUCAUUAACGCGCCGGAUGCCCUCGGCAAGAGCAAGGGGUGCUUUAAGUCGGGCGGGUGUGGGAACGCGUGA